AUGGAAGAAAGUGAUGAACCUGAACAGCCUAUCUCAUUAGGGAGACAGGAAUUUAGAAGGAGAAGACGACCCAGCCAACCGAUGGUAGACAAGUCCCAGCAAACUGAUGCACCAGAAAAAAAGAAACCCAUGGCUGUAGCACAACCUCCUGUCCCCAAAGCUACCCUCAGUAUUGGUAAUAUUUCUGGAAGCAAAGACAACUACUCUGCAAAAGAAUAUGAGUCUCUUAGACUGUCUUCUCAACUUCAACAAACUUGGAUGAAGAGAAAGCGGGGCAUGGAGAUGACGGAUAAGUCCCUGCAGACAGAGGCUUCUGUGGAAGAAAAAGCGAAAGCCAUACUCACUGAUAAAACACUUACCCUUGAAGAAACCCCCGCUGGUGUUAGAGAAACAGCUCCUGAAUUGCCACAGUGUGUUCCAGAAGUAGAGAUUCCAACAAGCAGACCCACAGAUCGGUUAAUAGACAGAUCUCAGCAGACCAGCUGUACUGGUGACUUUAGUGUGAUGUACAUUUGCCCAAAAGAAACAGUGGACAAAGAACAACAGACAUACUUCAGUGAAUUAGAAAUUACCAUCAUGAAUAUGCCAGGUAGUUCCCUGCUUAAGCCAAAGGAGGAAACAAUACCUGUUACACAAGAGGGUUCCUCAUUUGAAGUAGAUGGUUCUCUUGAAUUAGAGGUACUACCAGGUGAAAAAGUCCCUGAUGCCAUGAUGCCUUUCACUGGAGGGGCAUUUUCUGGUGAAAUCCAGGCUCUAACAGCUGAUGAGCUUCCUUCUGAAGCCCCUGAUGAUAUUAAUCAUCUGUCAGUGCAAGGGGAACUUUCAUAUGAGCCUUAUGAUCGAGAGUAUCUCCAAAAAGCUGAGGUGGAUCAUGAAGAACAACCUAUUGAAAUUGUGGUUCCAUUCACAGAAAUGUUUGUGAAGAUCCAAAAUGUAGCAGGCAAAGAAGAAUCUGCUACUGCUGAAGAGUCCACUGACGGAGGUCAACCUCUACCAUCUGAGGGGGCUUUUAAAGAAGUUCAGCAACCAUUAGAUAAGCACACAUUAGAAGCAGUCUCAGCAGAAAUUGCUGUGGUACUAGCUGAGGAAUUUCCUAUAGAAGAUGUCUUUGAAGGAGGUCAGCGUCCAUCAGCAGAGGAUGCUCCUGAAGAAGUAGCAUCUGCAAGAGUUCUGCCUCCACCAGCUGAGGAGGCCCCUGCAGAAGCUCCACCUGCACCAGCUGAAGAGGCCCCUACAGAAGCUCCACCUGCUGAGGAGGCCCCUGCAGAAGCUCCACCUGCACUAGCUGAGGAGGCCCCUGCAGAAGCUCCACCUGCUCCAGCUGAGGAGGCCCCUACAGAAGCUCCACCUGCACUAGCUGAGGAGGUCCCUGCAGAAGCUCCACCUGCUCCAGCUGAGGAGGCCCCUGUGGAAACUCCACCUGCACCAGCUGCGGAGGUCCCUGCAGAAGCUCCACCUGCACCAGUUGAGAAGACCCCUGCAGAAGCUCCACUUGCUCCAGCUAAGGAGGCCCCAGCAGAAGCUCCACUUGCUGAGGAGGCUCCCGCAGAACCUCCACCUGCACCAGCUGAAGAGACCCCCGCAGAAGCUCCACCUGCACCAGCUGAGGAGGCCCCUGCCGAACCUCCACCUGCACCAGCUGAGGAGACCCCUGCAGAAGCUCCACCUGCACCAGCUGAAGAGGCCCCUGCAGAAGCUCCACCUGCUCCAGCUGAGGAGGCCCCUGCAGGAGCUCCACCUGCUCCAGCUGAGGAGGCCCCUGCAGGAGCUCCACUUGCUGAGGAGGCCCCAGCUGAACCUCCACCUGCACCAUCAGAGGAGACCCCUACAGAAGCUCCACUUGCACCUGCAGAGGAGGCCCCUGCAGAAGCUCCACCUGCUCCAGCUGAGGAGGCCCCUGCAGAAGCUCCACCAGCUGAGGAGGCCCCUGCAGAAGCUCCACCUUCACCGGCAGAGGAGGCCCCUGCAGAAACUCCACCUGCUCCAGCUGAGGAGACCCCUGCAGAAGCUUCACCUGCUCCAGCUGAGGAGGAGACCCCUGCAGAAGCUUCACCUGCUCCAGCUGAGGAGGCCCCAGCUGAACCUUCAUCUGCACCAUCAGAGGAGACCCCUACAGAAGCUCCACUUGCACCUGCAGAGGAGGCCCCUGUGGAAGCUCCACCUGCACCAGCUGAGGAGGCCCCUGCAGAAGCUCCACCUGCACCAGCAGAGGAGACCCCUACAGAAGCUCCACUUUCACCUGCAGAGGAGGUCCCUGUAGAAGCUCCACCUGCACCAGCUGAGGAGGCCCCUGAAGAAGUCUCACCUGCACCAGCUGAGGAGGCCCCUGCAGAAAUUUCACCUGCACCAGCUGAGGAGGCCCCUGCAGAAGCUCCACCUGUACCAGCUGUACCAGCUGAGGAGGCCCCUGUAGAAGCUCCACCUGCACCAGCUGAGGAGGCCCCUGUGGAAGUCCCACCUCCACCAGCUGAGGAGGCCUCUGAAGAAGCACCACCUGUACCAGCUGAGGAGGGUCCUGAAGAAGCUCCACCUUUACCAUCUGAGGAGGGCCCCACAGGAGCUCCACAUGCACCAGCUGAGGAGGCCCCUGCUGAAGCUCCACCUCCACCUGCUGAGGAAGCCCCUGUUGAAGCUCCACCUGCACCAGCUGAGGAGGCCCCUGAUGAAGCUCCACCUGCAUCAGCUGAGGAGGCCCCUGAAGAAGUCUCACCUGCACUAGCUGAGGAGGCCCCUGCUGAAGCUCCACCUGCAUCAGCUGAGGAGGUCCCUGUUGAAGAUUCACCUGCUCCAGCUGAGGAGGUCCCUGUGGAAGCUUCACCUCCGCCAGUUGAGGAGGCCCCUGUGGGAGCUCCACCUGCACCAGCUGAGGAGGCCCCUGUGGGAGCUCCACGUCUAUCAGCAGAUGAUAACCCUGCAGAAGUUGAGUUUCCACCUACUCAAGAGACUUCCCUACAAGGGGCUUCUGUUGAAGUUCAACCUCUAUCAGCUGAGGAGGUCUUUACGAAUGUGGUUCCAGUUGAAGAUGGCCCUACAGCUGAAACUGGGUCUCCUUCAUCUGAGGGGGCUCCUCCUGAAGAAACUACAAUGGAAACCCAGGUGACAUCAGUUGAGGAGAGCCCUGAAAAGACCUCUGCUGAUGUUCAGCCUCCACCACCUGAGACUCCUGCUGAAGACUCUCCUGUUGUUAAACAGCCUUCCAAAACUGAUGGGGUCCCUAUUCAAGAGUUUCCCAUGCAAGACACACCUGAUGAAGGUUCACUUGCUCCUUCUGAACAAUGCCCUGAAGAUAAGACUUUACUAAAAGAACAUCAGUUGCCCCCAGUAGCAGGUAUCACAGAGAAAGAAUUAGAUUCUUCUUCUUUGACAGGUGAUAGAAACUCUGAAGGAACAGAUCCUACUCCUGCAGAUGUGUCUAUGAGCAAGGAUGAGCCAGUUUCCACUUUCAAAAUAGCAGGUACCAUUAAAAUAGAGUUAAAGAACCCGCCCUCCUGA